AUGGCGCUCCUACAAUUCAGAGCACCUGUCAAUUAUGAGGAACAUCAGAAGGCAUUCGAGGACUUCCUUCAGACAUUCAAAACGACUCCAACCUCUGCAAUUACCCAUGCGCUGGGGGGGAUGAAUAUUGAUCAAGAUGAUUUGAGCGACGAGUAUGACUUUAUGGAUGACGACGAUGUCCAAGGACAAAAUGCGCGCCGGCAAACAAGUUCCCAAUCAAAGAUGCCUAAAUUGAAAUACCUGGAUUUAUUGCAGAAGGUCGCAGACAGAUAUGAGGACGAGAUCACGAUCGACUUAGAUGAUGUUGCAAAGGCCGACCAGCAAUUAGAAGCGAACGGAACCCCAAUGAAGCUAAUUGAGUCCAUCGAGACCAACGCUAAGCAUUAUCUCGAUAUCAUGGCGAAAGCAGUAGAUGCAAUCAUGCCCGAACCCACGAGAGAUAUUAACUAUAAAGAUGAUGUCCUUGAUACCCUCAUGACACAGCGAACUGCCCGCAAUAAUGCCCUGAUGCGCGCCGCAGCCGACCAGACGGAUCUUACAGUGGAGCCUGAAUUGUUCCCAGCUGAAUUGACACGGAGAUAUACGCUCAAUUUCAAGCCCCGCACCAGCGAGGGUGAACCCUUGAAGGCAUUGGCAGUGCGACAAGUGCGGGGAGAGCACCUCGGCCACCUAAUCACGGUGCGGGGAAUUACCACCAGAGUCUCAGAUGUCAAGCCCACAGUGGAAGUGAAUGCAUAUACUUGCGAACGCUGUGGAUGUGAAAUUUUCCAGCCCGUUAACUCCAAGACGUUCGGGCCACUUGUUGAAUGUCCCUCGCAGGACUGCACAACCAACCAGACCAAAGGUCAGCUAGUCCACUCUACACGAGCAUCAAAAUUUCAACCAUUCCAGGAAGUGAAGAUCCAGGAGAUGGCCGAGCAGGUUCCAGUGGGCCAUAUUCCUAGGAUGUUGACCAUUCUCUGUCAUGGUGCUCUCGUCCGUCGGAUUAACCCAGGGGAUGUUGUGGAUGUAGCGGGUAUCUUCCUACCUACGCCAUAUACUGGAUUCAAGGCAAUCCGGGCUGGACUACUAACAGAUACGUAUCUGGAAGCGCAACACAUAACCCAGCACAAGAAAGCUUACGAAGAUUUGGCAAUGGACAGUCGAGUUUUCAAUCGCAUUGAACAACAACUUUCAUCAGGCAACAUCUAUGAGACACUAGCCAAGUCGAUUGCGCCUGAAAUUUAUGGCCAUUUGGACGUAAAGAAAGCCCUUCUAUUGCUGCUUGUCGGUGGCGUGACCAAGGUUAUGGGCGACGGCAUGCGAAUCAGGGGAGAUAUAAACGUCUGUUUGAUGGGUGAUCCUGGAGUGGCCAAAUCCCAACUGUUGAAAUAUAUCACAAAGGUGGCCCCGCGAGGGGUAUAUACGACUGGUCGAGGUAGCAGCGGCGUUGGUCUAACUGCGGCCGUGAUGAAAGACCCCGUUACCGAUGAGAUGAUCUUGGAAGGUGGUGCUUUGGUCCUCGCUGAUAAUGGAAUCUGCUGUAUUGAUGAGUUUGAUAAGAUGGACGACAGCGACAGAACCGCCAUCCACGAGGUCAUGGAACAACAAACCAUUUCCAUCUCCAAGGCUGGAAUCUCUACAACUUUGAAUGCACGAACCUCGAUCCUCGCAGCAGCAAAUCCACUUUAUGGCCGCUACAAUCCUCGCAUCUCUCCAGUCGAGAAUAUUAACCUGCCCGCUGCCCUUCUUUCCCGUUUCGAUGUUCUUUUCCUCAUUCUCGAUACUCCCUCUAGAGAUACAGAUGCUCUCCUCGCCCGCCAUGUCACAUAUGUCCACAUGAAUAACAGGCACCCAGACACGGAUGGUCUUGUCUUCACCCCCCACGAAGUUCGCCAAUACGUCGCCCAAGCCCGAACCUUCCGACCGAUCGUCCCGACGUCAGUCUCGGAAUAUAUGGUUAAAGCAUAUGUCAAGAUGCGUGAACAGCAAUCGCGAGAUGAGAAAAAUAAGAAGCAAUUCGCUCAUACUUCGCCGCGUACACUUCUUGGUGUUCUCCGUCUGUCGCAGGCCCUAGCACGUCUUCGAUUCAGCGAGGAAGUAGUCCAAGAUGAUGUAGAUGAAGCUCUACGCCUCAUCGAGGCAAGCAAAGAAAGUUUGUACCAGGACCAGGAUGGAUAUAGAAGAGAUAUGUCCCCCAGCUCGCGUAUUUACAAUAUGGUGCGUGCCCUAGCCGAAGCAGGGCAGUGCCGACCGGAUGAUGCAGACGACGACGAUGAAACGCUAGGUAUGGAAUUGAGUAUGAAGAAGGUGGAAUAUCGGGUUAUUGCCAAAGGCUUUACCAAGGAUCAGUGGCAGACAGCCGUUUUGGAGUAUACCAAUCUCGAUAUCUGGCAAACGGCAGGUAAUGGUACAAGACUUAUUUUCAUCGUCUCAGAGGCGGCGCAUCUGGCCCGGGACGCUGAGUUUGAGAUGGAGUAA